AUGAGUGAAUUAAGUGAUGCUGAGAAGCGUCGAAUCCUUAAGGAGAGAAGACAGAAGAAGUUCGGCAGUGGUGGCGGAACCAAUAGAUUGAAUAAAAUCACCGGUCAGGCUGACAGCCUCAUGAGCACUGAAUCCACACUGGACCAAAGAGAAAGGACUCCAGAAGCAGCUAUCAACACCAGACAGAAUGAAGCUGGAAAUAACCAAUCUACCACUGAUAACAAUCCACAAGUAUCACUCCUCAAACAGCUGGCAGAGCAAGAUCGCCAAGAGGGCAGUGAAGCACCACCAGAUUUGAUGUCAAUGCUUCAAUCAAUGACUGGCGGUGAUGCAAAGAAUGGAACACCACCUACGUUGGGAACACCACCGGCACCUGUUGAUCAAUCUAUGUUAGAUUACCACAAUUAUUUGGUCAAUAGAUUGAAAGCAUGGUCUAUCAUCAUAAAAUGGAUAGUAUUACUGCCUUACAUGUAUGUGGUUACACACGAUGUGCCUUUGUCGUUACCAUUUGGGCUUAUGGAUUCUUCCAAUUUCUUCUCUGUAUUGAUGGGAUUUGAAAUCGUGGCUACUUCCAUAUACUACAAGAGAUUGCAAUCAAUUGAAAAGGGCACUAGUGUGAAUACAAUGAUGCAUGGUAGUAUGAUUGCCAAAUUAAUCUCAUUAAUUCCUGAUCAAGCACCUCAACAGAAAAAUUUGAAAUCACGUCUUUUCACUUUAUUACAGUAUUGGGACGUUGUGUCAAUGUUAAUUACAGAUAUAUGUUUUGUACUUGUCGUACUGGGAAUAUUUACUCAUAUAUAA